GGUGUCCUGGUGUCCCCCCCUCCCCACCCCGAUGUCACCUUUGUGUCUCAGCAGGAGGGUGGCAUCGACUGGGGGGAUGGAGGGGAUGAGGAGGUGCAGAUCACGGUGCUGGAGGAUGGUGCUGAGGUGCCCGAGGAGGGGGUUGCCCGUGGCUCCGAUGCCCUGACGGUGCUGGAAAACCCGGAGACACGGAACCAGUUCAUUGAUGAGCUCAUGGAGCUGGAGCUGUUCCUGGCCCAGCGCCUGGUGGAGAUGGAGGACGAGGCCGACAUCGUGGCCAUGAGCCAGCUCCAGCUGGCCCCGGCCCUGCUGCAGGGCCAGACCAGUGCCCACGUGGGCUCCCUGCUGGGCACGGCCCGGGCUGUGCUGGCACAGCUCUGCUCCCGCAGCGUCCAGCACCUCUGCAUGAUCCUCGCCUCACCCAGGUACGUGGAGAGGGUGUCGGAGCUGCUGAAGCAGAAGCUGAAGCAGGCAGAGCUGCUCCUGGCCAAGAAGGAGGCGAUGGCCCAGAAGCGCCGGGAGGCCCUGGCAGAGCAGGGAUCCCUGGAGCCCAAGCUCGACCGGCUGCUGGAGAAGACCAAGGAGCUGCAGAAGCUGAUCGAGGCCGACAUCUCCAAGCGCUACGGAGGGCGCCCCGUCAACCUCAUGGGCAUCAACCUGUGACCCCCCCGGGGUUCCUGCCCCCCAAAUCCCCCCCUUCACACCCCGGGGGUGCUGCUGGGUGUCCCUGGCCUCGCUGAGGGGGGUGGAUUUGGGGGAAUAAAGCAAAUUGUCCCACUCA